AUGGAAGCUCAUUCGCUACUCGAUGCACAUGAUUCCCGGAUUCUAGACCUGGUGACUUACGACAGAAUGAGAGGGGAAAUUCAGCUUCCAAGAGCGUCCACGUCAGGUCCUCGACGCUUCGCGAUCUCCAAUAAGUUGCCCAACGGCGCAAAAUGGGCUGUCGAGGAUCUUCAUGAACAGCUGACUAUAUGGGGUGAUGAAUGGAAGAGAGUAUGGGAGAACAAGUCAACAGAUACAGCGCGGCGAAGCAGUCACGUUCAUGCGCCUGUAUGGUGGCAGAAGGCAGGGAGAUAUACGGACGCGUGGAUCGACGAAAGAACGAGGAUCGUCAUCUAUCAGAAGAUCGAUGGCACCCUGCAAAUACUUCAGUCCCUGCGAGAAGGGAUCACCGCGUCGUCACACAUCUUCUUUGGCUAUACGCCGAGAAGAGGUCAUGUGGCCCUGUGGUUCCUGCCAAAGACCCCUUCGAACCUUCGCCGGCUGCCCAAGAUCGUACGAGAAAGCGGAACGCCUGAAUCAUCUCAUCACACUGGUCACACCGAGACGGGUUGUGACGCACGCCGAGAUAUUGUUCGACAUGCCAUCUAUAGGAGAUCAAUGACUGGGUGCAGGUUGAAUCGCGAGACUUGUUCCCUGAGGAGAUCUGAUUCCAACGAGGUGAGACCUUUGGCUGAGGAGAUGGAAGCUCUGAUGCGUCUCGUAGAUGAUGCCAGAUUCGCAAUGUUUCCCACUACCGCGAAGGGUUCUCAGAAGCAGCCGAAGGUUUGUAGAGAAGACGCCAGGGAUGAGAUGUUUGUGACUGCGGCAAGACACACUGGGGAGUCACGUAAGGCUCGGCAUUCUCCCCCUCCAGAUCGAGAUGAUCUCUCCAGUCGUUCACGAACCAAUAGUACGCUCGACAAGUUGAGCCCCCGCUCUUGCUCAACAAUCACAACAAGGAAUGAGAUGUCCUCGUCCCGGAAUGACGAGCAAGUGCUCACUGGGCUUCACUUGGUCCAACGCCAUCCUCGACCAGACGUCUCGGUAGUUGUGGGACCGCAUCCCGGACACCGAGGGAAUAUUUCUCGAGUCUCUUGUCAUCCGGGAGCAUCAGAUUCAGAAGGGGCUGGGCCGCCUUUCGCACGAGAGGAGACGGACCAGCACCGCGUAGCGCACAACGACCACGAGGCACAUGGCCGCGCUCAUCGCAGGCUGUGCGACAGCGACAAGAAACGGACCCACGUGCGGAGGCAACACGAGGAAUUACGGGAGAAACAUCCCAAGCUCGGGCAGCGUCGGAGGAUUGAAAUUGGCGAGGAGGUGGAGGAGGAGAAGGAGAAGGCGGGUUCGCGACUGGGCAAUGCGGGACGCAGCCAAGACCGGCGUGACCAGGAGCAGCGGCGCCACGAAGAGGGAGGGAUGGCCCGCAGGCGAAGGAUUCCCGGAGAUGGCAGUCGGAAGAAGCUUGUAUUUGCUACAGUCCCCGCUCGCAAUCGCUCUCCCACGAACCCCGUCAAAGGCUCCCCAGGCCAGGUCGUCGGAAUGUCUCUGGGCCCUUCCAGCCCGGAUGCCGGCAACGAGGAUCGGCGGUCUGAAAGGAGACCCGGCAGCUUGCUGCAUGAAGAGGAGAAAAUAUCGGUAUGGGAGGCUCGGCAGGAGACACUCGCUACCUUGGAGGGAAGAAGCUGA